AUGGGCAGACUUAUCUACGGCACGGCCUGGAAGAAGGAACAGACUGGGGAACUGGUUUACUGCGCGCUGAAGGAAGGGUUCAGGGCUGUUUCUACCGGAGCUCAGCCUGAGAACUACGAGGAAGCCCUGGUCGCUUCGGGAAUUCGACGGGCCAUUGACGCGGGUGAAGUGUCACGGCAAGAUGUUUCCGUAAGGUCUCCCCUGUCCUCUGUAUCCUCGUGUCUUCCGUCAAUGGGGAGCUGUCUGAAGCACACCUCACAGUGGAUGAACUCUGACAACUCACCACAGAUCCAGACUACAUUCACCCCUUCUGGCGUCCAGGCCAGUAAAAAGGUGGUCAAGGCCAACAGCAGGGAAGACGCCCGUCCAGGAUGGCGAUGCCCCGUCACGCGAAGGGCCAUCCCAGGCGACUGUCCCUAUGACCCCACCACCUCCCUGACCGAGCAGGUUCACAGCUCGGUGGCCUCAUCCCUGAGGAACUUCACCUUCGCGCCCAGCUCCGAGGCUGCAUACCUCGACGCCGUCAUCCUGCACCACCCCUACCGCGCCCGCGAGCACACUGAGACAGUCUGGACCGCCCUUUCCACCUACGUCCCACACUCCAUCCGGCACCUGGGCAUCAGCAACGUGGACGGCGAAGAGCUGCAGCAUCUCCUUGACUUCUGCCGUGAGAACCCGACCACGACCGUCAGGCCCAGCAUCGUGCAGAACAGAUUUCUCCACGGCCACAACUUCGACGACGCGGUCCGGGCCAUCUGCAAGCAGGACCACAUCGAGUACCAGGCCUUCGGCGUCCUGAAGGAGAGCAGGUUCCUGCUCCAGGACCAGGAGACGGUCGGCGCGGUCGCCGAACUGGCGUUUGUGAGCCGCGAGGCGGCGCUGUAUGCGUUGGUCAUGGCCCUGCAGGAUGACAUGGCGGUGUUGGAUGGCACCUCGGACGUGCAGACGAUGUGGGCUGACAUCGAUGGCGUGCGGAGGGUUGGGUGGUCUGCCGAGAGCCUGGAGUGGAAGACGGCGCUGCAGAAGUUCAAGGAGGGUAUCCAUGGUUGCCAGACUGCUGGAGAGACUAUGUUGAAACUUUAG